UUUAGCAAAUGAAUCCAUUUGUUCGCCGGAAUAUGCUCCCUUCUCUUAACGUCGAUCACCUGUUUUCUCUUCCUUCUCUAUUUUCUCAAGUAGGAAUCAACCUUGAAUCUCCCAUCUUCUUCUCUCCGAUCAUUCUCACUUCUCUCUUCUAAUUCUUUCAUGGAAUUUUGAGGUUAGACGAACAUUCCGGGCAUAUUAUCUGUUGAUUCGAAGAUUAGAGUUUGAAAUUUCUGAAGAAAUAUGGGAUAUCUGGACUUGGCCUUGUCGUAUUCCAACCAGCCGCAGACUGUUGACGCUCCAGCGAGCGGAGGGGGUCUCAGCCAGAAUGGAAAAUUUAGCUAUGGAUAUGCAAGCUCAGCUGGGAAGAGAUCAUCUAUGGAAGACUUUUUCGAGACUAGGAUCGAUGGUAUCGAUGGAGAAAUCGUUGGUCUCUUUGGAGUUUUUGAUGGCCAUGGUGGAGCCAGAGCAGCUGAGUACGUGAAGCGUCAUCUUUUCAGUAAUCUGAUCACCCACCCAAAGUUUAUCUCUGACACCAAAUCAGCUAUAACUGAUGCCUAUAACCAUACAGACUCAGAACUUCUUAAGUCAGAAAAUAGUCACAAUAGAGAUGCUGGUUCGACUGCGUCUACAGCUAUUCUUGUUGGUGACCGUUUAGUUGUUGCAAAUGUUGGUGAUUCAAGAGCUGUUAUCAGCAGAGGCGGAAAAGCCAUUGCUGUUUCAAGGGACCAUAAACCUGACCAAAGUGAUGAACGUGAAAGGAUUGAGAAUGCUGGUGGGUUUGUGAUGUGGGCAGGAACUUGGAGGGUUGGAGGAGUUCUUGCAGUUUCUCGUGCGUUUGGUGAUCGGCUUCUGAAGCAAUAUGUUGUUGCUGAUCCAGAAAUCCAGGAAGAAAAGAUUGAUGAUUCGCUUGAGUUUUUGAUCCUAGCAAGUGAUGGACUGUGGGAUGUUUUCUCUAAUGAGGCAGCAGUUGCAAUGGUUAAGGAAGUUGAAGAUCCAGAGGAGUCAGCGAAGACACUUGUGGGUGAAGCAAUAAAGAGAGGAAGUGCAGACAACAUCACAUGUGUUGUCGUUCGUUUCUUGGAAAAGAAGACAGCUUCAUCAAGCCACAUUAGCUCAUCCUCCUCCAAGGAAGCCAAUGAAAUGCCGCCACUUGGAGACCUCGCUAUCUCAUCCAAUGAAGCUACCCAAGUCCAAAUCGACUCAGAGAAUAUCAGCUCAGGGAACAAACCAGAGAAUGUAACGAAUCGAAAACCUGUCCCUGCAAGCAGCUUAACCGAUGAAGUGACUGUUAAUGGUUUAGGGAAUAAACCAGGGAAAACAGGGAAUCGAAAACCAACUGAUGCAGUGACCGACAAGGUAUAAGUAGCGAUUCCCUCUAUUCUCUAGGAACAAAAGCGUUAUCUUCCCUCAAACACGGCAAACAAACUUACUGAUCGUUGAUCUCGUUUGUAUUUACUAUUUAGGAUUGAAGAUGUGUAUUUACGAAUGUUUGUGUGUAUAUAAUAUACAUGCAUCGAUUUUUGUAUUUGUUUAUGUGUAAAUGUUUAAAAGUUCAUGAUAGUUUAUUCAGAAAAUAAAAUAAGGUUUGCGUUUGACAUUUUCA